AUGGCACCAGGUAUGGGUCCAUGGCGACCUCCAAUCUCGUUGAGAUCACUACAGCCACACAGCUUUCCUCAGCUGUUAUCAAUUGCCACUCGUCACAUAUCGAUCAACCAUAAAUCGGCACCGCAAGAUACAACAGCCACUACAACACCUGUUGAAGACGCUAAUAAUGCAGCUUUGACCAAGACAAUCACCGAUUCUGAUAAUAUUAGUCAAGUGACACAAUUGAAGCCGUAUCAGACUUUGGAAACUGCUAAAUUUGAAAGUUUAGGUACACCGCCCACAAUCUUGUCGAUUCAUUCACCGCCUUCAGUUCCAAUUUACUUGCGCCGGGGGUCAUUGUUGUCUAUGUACGGAUUGAAAUCAAGCGCCAACACCACCAACUUCAACAUCAACAUCAACAACAAUAACAGUGCGAGUGGUACAUUGAGUAGUACUGAAGUUACAGAUGAUGGCCCAGUAAUACGUAACACGAUUGAGUACCCUCAUUGGUGGAAACGAUUAAUUCUCAUGGGCAAAUUUCAAAGUUUCCAAAACAUUAUUUCAACAAUACCAAUUUCUUUAUUAAUCAGUAGUAAAAACAAAUCAAAUAAUCGUGCUACUUCCGACUCAUCAUUUGUCAGUUUGAUCCUUGAUGGACUGAAUGAUUGGGCCGUGUUAAACAAUGAUGCAAUUCAAGUCUAUACCGGGAACUCAUUGUCCAUAAGUUUACAUAAUCUACCUCGAUACAUUUCCAAGAAAUUCGCCAAGCAAUUGAGUGGUAACAACAAUACUAGUAGAGGCACUAAAGUGGAGACUGGGUUAAAGAGCUGGAGUAAUAGAGGAUAUACUUUGUUAGGUGGCAGAGGACAAGUGGGACUUGUUGGAAAUGGAGGUAUUUAUCAAUUAGAUGUGGACGAAGGUGAGGAAAUUUUGAUUAAUAAACGUGCUAUAUUGGCCAUUACCGUGAAUGGACCUUUUGAUUUGGAAAACUGUGUUGUCAAAGAUACAUCAGCUAUUUCACAACAAACGCUAGCAUCAGUAGUAGCACUGCUGGAUACAAAAGUCAGUAAGCAACAUAUAGCAUCUACCUCACCACAAGCUACUACCUCACCAUCACCAUCAACGUAUCGUCAAAUCAAAUCUUACUGGUUGCGGAUUUCCCAAUCUACUAAAUCAGUCGUUUCAUACCUUGGUCGUAUCUAUCACCAAAUAAAAACAAAAUGGACAAUAUAUUCCUUGGGAACCACCGAUUUUGUCAAAAUCAACGGACCAAGAAACAUCCUCAUUCAAUCAAACUAUAAUGUCCCCACCACCACCACCACCACCAACACUCAAAAACAAAGCACAUUAUCAAAUAAUAGUCGUAGUAUUCAAUCAAUCUCGAAUACCAGAAUUUCCGCUCAACCUGUCUUUGAAAAUCCCAGCACGAGAAACUCCCUGGAUUAUUUAAGUUAUGUUACUAUUGAACCAGAAAGGGGGGCUGUUUUUGCCAAUACGCCAAAUUUCAAACCAACAGUCGAUGAAAUUGAACGUAAACUGGACAAUAAACUGAGAGAGUAA